UAUGUCCAAAAUUAGAUCAUAUAGCUAAUGGUUAUGUUGAUUCACCUAGUCAGAAACCAGGUAGCCAUGCUACAUAUUCAUGUUAUAAUGGUUAUAAAAUAGAAGGAAGUCAAAAACGAAUAUGUCAAUUAAUUACCAAUCCAGACACUAACCAACAGCAACAUCAAUGGACAGGAGAAAAACCAUCAUGUAAACCUGUUGAUUGUGGUAUGUUGGAUCAUCCUAGUAAUGGACUAGUAUCUGUAUCUGGUACUCAAUUUGGAUCUGUAGCUACGUUCUCCUGUUAUUGUGGGUAUAAAGUAGAAGGUUCUAGGGUAAGAACUUGUACAGCACAAGGUAUAUGGAGUGGUAAUAACACUAGAUGUAACAGUCGAGGUUGUUCUCAUCCUGGUUCACCACUCUAUGGUUCUAUAAUAGGAGAUCAACAAACAUUCCCUGUAGGGUCUAGUGUGAAAUUCCAGUGUGAUAGACAAGGAUAUACUUUGACAGGAAGUUCAUCCAUGAUGUGUAUAUCAGAAAGACAAGUCAUACCUGCUUUAGAAAAACCUAAAUACAGAAUGAAAUUUAAUGCUGAACAUCAAGCAAAUGGCACCAUAUCCAAUUAUUGUUUGGAUUUUUACAGUGGAGAAUUAGAGAAUUUAUUACAAGAAUUAAUUGAUAAUGGAAUGUUUUGUGAAACUAUUGCAAAUCUAGAUAUUAACGUUCUUCCUGACGCUAUUGCAACUAGUAACAGUACUCGGUUGUCUUCAAAAGUUACCAUUGAAAUCUCUGCUGGUGAUAAUGUGUCAACGUCUAAAGCGUGCAUGUGUGCCAGUGAAAUAAAAAGAAAAUUAACAGAUGACAUAAAUGAUCCUAAUGUAUUAGAUCUGAUAUCGUCAGAAGAAGUGGGAUGUAGUUUUGCUAAGUUAGUAGCGAAUAGUAUACAAUUUAAUGACGAUCAGUGGAUCUGUUUACCAGGUCAAGAAUUGCAGGUGGACUCGGGCACGUGUAAUAAUAGCAAUCCUGUUUGUUUUGAGACUUGUAUUGAUAGACUUCCAGAAGUUAUAGAACCAUCAACAGUCACUAUGGCAACAACAACACUUGAAAUUCUUACUACAUUAUCCACCGACAGCAUUUAUACAACAAUUACAGAGUUACCAAUAACCUUGACAACCACUCAAUCAACAGUAGAACUCACAACAACACAGCAAUUAACCACAACUACUCAGUAUACUACAACCGUACAAGAUACCACAACUACUCAAGAUACUACGAUUAUUCAAGAAACUACAUCUGUUGAAGAUACAACAACCACACGAGAUAUUACAACUACUGAAUCUACCACAAAUACAAACACUCAGGAUAUAGCUACAAACACUUCAACUACUCAAGGUCCACCAUCAACCACUCAAGGUCCACCAUCAACCACCCAAGGGCCGCCAUCAACCACUCAAGUCGCAACAUCAACUACUCAAGGGCCACCACCAACCACUCAAGGGCCACCACCCACCACUCAAGGGCCACCACCAACCACUCAAGGGCCACCAACUACUGACGGUCCACCUCCAUCUACACAAGGUCCACCUCCAUCUACGCAAGGUCCACCACCCACUACACAAGGUCCAGAUAUGAUUGUGAAGAAACCUAUAUACCUGUUAGAAAUAGUUGAUAUGUUACCUGGGGUAUUUUCUAAUAUCACAUGUAUUGAUAAUGUCCAUAACCGCAUUAAUGCUAAGACGAAUCUGUUAAUGAAAAGAUUUGACACAGAAAUAGGCACAACCCAAUGCUCAUACAGUACAGACAUUAGUCUGCUAUUGAUUCAUGGUAAUAUCAGAUUUAAAGGAUCUUUCGCUGAGAUUGAUAUUGUACUGGGAUUAUCUUAUGGUUCUAGUUCAAUAGAAAAUGUCGAAAAAUGUGGUGAAGAAUUAAAAAGUUAUACUGAAACAGAAUUAGCGCUUUUAUUUCAAGAAAUUCCUGAAGAAGUUGUUCCAGAAUAUUUGAAAUACUUUAAAUAG